GUAGCAAUCUGUAUUUUGUCUUUUUUUUUUUUAGAUAGAAUCUUGCUCUGUUGCUCAGGCUGGAGUGCAGUGACGCGAUCUCUGCUCACUGCAGCCUCUGCCUCUUGGGUUCAAGCGAUUAUUCUGCCUCAACCUCCAGGGUAGCUAGGAUUACAGGCACGUGCCACCACGGCCGGCUAAUUUUUGUAUUCUUAGAAGAGAUGGGGUUUCAUCAUAUUGGCCAGGCUGGUCUUGAACUUUUGACUCGGUGAUCCACCCACCUCAGCCUCCCAAAGUGCUGGGAUUACAGGCAUGAGCCACUGCACCCAGCCAGGAAUCUGUAUUUUGAAAAAAAUUCCCAGGUAACUUUACUGUGCUUCCUCGUUGAAGAUCUUUGUCAUUACCCACCUCGGCCUCCCAAAGUGCUGGGAUUACAGGCAUGAGCCACUGCACCCAGCCAGGAAUCUGUAUUUUGAAAAAAAUUCCCAGGUAACUUUACUGUGCUUCCUUGUUGAAGAUCUUUGUCAUUGCCUAAGAACACUGUUGUCUCUUUUGUCCAGUAAGAAGGGCUUGCCGUGUGGACUCCUGUUGUGGUCUCAUUCCUAGAAUUACGGGUUUUGGUGUCAGAAAGACUUGGAUCAGUUUCUGGCUUUUCUGAAAUCUUGAGGCUAAGUCCUAACUUCCUUAUUCCAGAAUAGGAAUAAUCAUGCCUACUACAUGUGCUUGUAGAGAGGGCUGAGAUGGUACAUAUAAGAUGCUUAGCAUAGUUGACACUCGGUUAAUGGAACUAAUGGCUUCUCUUACCAGAGUUUCUCUUGUCAAAAGAAGGCCUUGGUCUGUCACCCAGGCUGGGGUGCAGUGGCGUGAGCUCAGCUCACUGCAGCCUCUGCCUCCCAGGUUCAAGCAAUUCUUGUCUCAGCCUCCGGAGUAGCUGAGACUACAGACACACGCCACCAUACCCGGCUAAUUUUUGUAUUUUUAGUAGAGACGAGGUUUUAUUGUACUGGUCAGUCUAGUCUCAAACUCCUAAUCUCAGGUGAUCCACUCACCUCAGCCUUCCAAAAUUCUGGGAUUACAAGUGUGAGCCACCGUGCCUGCCAGAAGGGCUUGUCCUAAUAAGCCUGUUUGUUCUUCAGGCUUAGUUGUGUGUGGGAAGCUGCUUUUAUUUAUUUAUUUGAGACGGAGUUUCGCUCUUUGUUACCCAGGCUGGAGUGCAAUGGCACAAUCUCGGCUCACUGCAACCUUCGCCUCCUGGGUUUUUUAUUAUAUGAUUUCCUCAAGGUCAUUUCUGGUCAUUAGGGAAAACUGACAAUACUGCGUUUCUUUUUUGUUUGUUUUUGAGAUGGAUUUUCACUCUUGUUGCCCAGGCUGGAGUACAACAAUGCCAUCUAUGCUCACCACAACUUCUGCCUCCUGGUUUCAGGUGAUUCUCCUGCCUCAGCCUUCUGCAGUACUGUGCUUCUAAUCAGGGUAGAUUUGGUUGGCCAUACCCCUAGAAGAGAUUUGGAAUGCUGACUCACUAAGGGGUAGGUUUGCUACCUAGCACAUUGUCUAGGUCUAAUUGUAGUUUUGCGCUUGUUAAGUUGUAUGAAUGAGCUGGGAAAACUACAGUCUUCAGGAAACCUGUUUGCAUCUGACACUGAGCUGCAGUUGCUCUUCACCUCAGACGUCUGCUUGGCAUCUAGAACAGAAUGCCCCUGUAGAUCCUAGUGUCUGUGAAAUCUGAAGUAGGUGCUGGAACUCUCUAUCAAUCACAAGUUCAUAGUGAAAUGAGUGAGACUUUGGUUUGGCCUUCUAUUUUACUUGGAAAGCGUGCGUGUGUGAUAUGGGCAAACUUAGAGGCUCUUCACAACUUCCCAACUGUAUGAUGUGAAUGGGCUAUAGGUGUGCCCAGAGUGUCGACCCUUAAGCUUCAGGAUAGUUGAGAACAGCUGUCUCCAUUGACUUCAGGGUGUUAUAUAAUAGUAUCAUUCUGUCAUUCUCUGUGUAUAUUUUGGCAUGGGGAAAAAUUUCUGAGAGAAGAAGUACAGCCCUGGAAGAAAGGAAGCAGUUCUGUUUGUUGACAGCUAGAGAGAGACUUACUUAUUUGAACUCCCUUUCUUUCCAGGAAUCUUAGUGAGUAUUAAGCCAGUUUGUGUUGGCUAGGUCAUCACUGAGCUAAUUCUUGGAACAGCCCUCUGUUGCCAUGGUGUCUGUUGUGAUGCUAAGGUAGAAAAAUGUGAUGUUUUCAUUUGCUGGGAGAAAGUUUUCUUUCCAGGUUGCAGCCUUGAAAUGGCCUCUCAGGGCAUCAUAAGAGUCAUGGAUCAAGGGACUCUUGGUGUGGAACCAUCAGGUUGUGUAGACGGGGCACUGCCUUCAGAGCAGGUCCUGCCAGCUUUGCUGGAGAGGAUGCCCUCGUGUCCGUGAUGGGCUGUGGGACAAGCAAGGUCCUUCCUGAGCCACCCAAGGAUGUCCAGCUGGAUCUGGUCAAGAAGGUGGAGCCCUUCAGUGGCACUAAGAGUGAUGUGUACAAGCACUUCAUCACAGAGGUGGACAGUGUUAGCCCUGUCAAAGCCGGGUUCCCGGCAGCAAGUCAACGUGCACACCCCUGCCCCAGUCCCCCAACUGCUGGCCACACAGAGCCUCCUUCAGAACCACCACGCAGGGCCAGGGUAGCUAAGUACAGGGCCAAGUUUGACCCACGUGUGACAGCUAAGUAUGACAUCAAGGCCCUAAUUGGCCGAGGCAGCUUCAGCCGAGUGGUACGUGUGGAGCAUCGUGCAACCCGGCAGCCAUAUGCCAUCAAGAUGAUCGAGACCAAAUACCGGGAGGGGCGGGAAGUGUGUGAGUCGGAGCUGCGCGUGCUGCGUCGGGUGCGUCAUGCCAACAUCAUCCAGCUGGUGGAGGUGUUCGAGACGCAGGAGCGGGUGUACAUGGUGAUGGAGCUGGCCACGGGUGGAGAGCUCUUUGACCGCAUCAUUGCCAAGGGAUCCUUCACCGAGCGUGAUGCCACACGGGUGCUGCAGAUGGUGCUGGAUGGUGUCCGGUAUCUGCACGCACUGGGCAUCACACACCGAGACCUCAAGCCUGAGAAUCUGCUCUAUUACCAUCCAGGCACUGACUCUAAGAUCAUUAUCACCGACUUUGGCUUGGCCAGUGCCCGAAAGAAGGGUGAUGACUGCUUGAUGAAGACCACCUGUGGCACACCCGAAUACAUUGCCCCGGAAGUCCUGGUCCGCAAGCCCUACACCAACUCAGUGGACAUGUGGGCCCUGGGCGUCAUUGCCUACAUCUUGCUCAGUGGCACCAUGCCCUUUGAGGAUGACAACCGCACCCGGCUAUACCGGCAGAUCCUCAGGGGCAAGUACAGUUAUUCGGGGGAGAAUGCUUCCCGGCCAGACAGUCCAUGGCUGACAUACAUACUUGAGUGGCUCCAGGGGAAGCAGCCCUGGCCUAGUGUGUCCAACUUGGCCAAGGACUUCAUUGACCGCCUGCUGACAGUGGACCCUGGAGCCCGUAUGACUGCACUGCAGGCCCUGAGGCACCCAUGGGUGGUAAGCAUGGCCGCCUCUUCAUCCAUGAAGAACCUGCACCGCUCCAUAUCCCAGAACCUCCUCAAACGUGCCUCCUCGCGCUGCCAGAGCACCAAAUCUGCCCAGUCCACACGUUCCAGCCGCUCGACACGUUCCAACAAGUCACGCCGUGUGCGGGAGCGGGAGCUGCGGGAGCUCAACCUGCGCUACCAGCAGCAGUACAAUGGCUGAGCCACCUGGCUGUGCACACAUGCGGCACGGCCCAGCCUGGCCACACACUGUGGUGCCCUCUGGCUCUGAUGCCCUCUCUGGAGAUAGGCCUGUGUGACCCGCAGUAGGUGAAGAAUGUCUGGUGCCAGCCCCUUCUCUGUGCCUUCAGCAGCCCCUGUCCUCACCAUGGGCCUGGGCCAGGUGUGAGAGAGUGGAAGUAGCCCAGGGGGCUGUGACCCACCCUGAACUGGGAGCCUGGCCUGGCACUGAUACCCCUCUUGGGUAGCUGCUCUGGAGUUUUGAAGGGAUAGGACCUGGCCUUCACUGUCUUCUUUGCCCUUUGGCUCUUCCCAAAUCAAAGGGGCCUGCAGUGCAGGGUGGAGGGUGUCCUGUGGCCUCAGGACCUUGUGGGACAGUUGCUUCUGGGACCCCUUUCUUUCACAGAGCCCUCCUCCCUGGCUCCACACAUUCCCAUACAUCCUGAUCCUUAAGAUUAUGCUCUAGUGGGAGAUCCAGGUAGGCACAAAGCUUGUGCCCUGUCUGGACCGGUAGCCCUUAGCUAGAUCCAAAUAGCCCUCCACCUCCCAGCCAAGAUCUGUCUUCCUUUGUGGUGCCCCCAGGGAGCCCUCCUGGUCCCAGGACCUCUGGUAGUGGGGCCAUGGAGUGGACCUUCACCCUUCUAGACUGUGUCCAUGCUGGUGGUCGGCUUGCCCAGGCUCCAGCUUCUUCAGACUCUGAGGGUGUCUCUGCCCACCAGCCCACUGCCUUUGGUGCCUUCUUUGUAGAGCCUACCACUACCUCCCUCUCCCCCUUGGAUGCCCAUUCCAUUCCCCAGGUGCCUCCUUCCCAACUGGGGGUGGUUAAAGGGAGCCCCACUGCUGCUACCUGGGGGAUGGGGCACCUGGGGGCCAAGGCAGAGGGCAGGGGGCUCCUUCACAUUAGGGUCCAGUGUCAGCCUGGGUACUAUCUUUUGGUGCAGCCCAUUGCCCCUUCCCUUCAGGCUUUGCCGCUCCCUCCUCUGCAGCUGCAUGAAGGCGCCAUCUGGUGUCUGCAUGGGUAUUGGCAGCCUGGGAGUGAUCAUUGCACGCCCAUCGUGCACACAUGUAGUCAUCCGAGAGGACAUGGGAAGAAAGGAGUUGCAGCACUGGGGGAGGGUCCCCGGCUACUCACCUCUCCCCUGCUGCUGAGCUUCUGCACACCCCUCCCUGGAACUUAGCAAUACUGUGUGACCUGCCUCUGAACCCUGGGUGCCUGGGGCACUGCCUUCUCACAUCUGGCCUUGCCCCGUCCACCGUGUGCUGCUUCCCUUCACAGCAUUAACCUUCCAGUCUGGGUCCCACUGAGUCUCAGGCUGGAAAGAGCCCCUGUGGGAGGUGGGUAGGGUUGGGUGGCUGCUUUCCUAGAGGCCUGAGCCAGAACUGUCCCCAUGGCUGUUGUGGUAUCUCCCCCUACCACAAACCAGACUGGAACCUGAGCCCCUCCCUCCACAGCUGCCUUCAGUGGGUAGAAUGGGGCCAGCGCCCAGCUUUGGCCUUAGCUUGACUGCAGGGCCCCUGCUAGUGGGGAAGGGUUUGGCUCUCACUCAGCUUCUACCGGUCAGCAGCUUGGGCCAGGCCCUCCUCUUCCUGCAUGUGCCACCUCCAGUGGGAAACAAAACUAAAGCGACCACUCUGUACCAAGUCCACUGUGCCUUAGACACCCCCUCCUGUCAUCCCCACUGCCCACUGGAAGGAGGCAGUGGAAAGCCAAGCCCCAUGGCCUCAGAAUUUCCCCCCAGUUCCCCAAGUGUCUCUGGGGGCUUGAAGCUUGGGUGUUAUGUUUUCUCUUGCCCAGGGUAGGCCUGGUCCUGAGGGCAGGAUCAGGGGUUUGGAGAUGUGGGCCUUUGACAGACCCACCUGGGCUUUCAUGCCAUGGAUUGUGGAUGGAGAAUGUGCAGUUAUUUAUUACGUGUAUUCAGUUUGUAAAUGUAUCCUCUGUAUUCAGUAAACAGGCUGCCUCUCCAGAGAGGGCUGCCAUUCAUUCCAA